GCGGGCGUGAGGGGAGCUCAGCGGAGGCGAGGAAGUCCGAAGCCCGCAGCUGUCGGGAGCGCAGGAGAGUCAUGGAUACACCCGAAAACCCGUCGGUGUAGGACCGACCAGGCCGCUCCCGAGCCGGAGGACAGGCACAGAAAACUUCUACACCUCCGCUCAAAGAACCGAGACGGCGGAGGGCUUCCUCCGGUCCCUCCCUGCUGGAAGAUAUGUGGCUGAACCCGGAGGAAGUGCUAAAAAACGCCCUGAAGCUCUGGGUGACCGAGAGGAGCAACGACUUCUUCCUCCUGCAGAGGAGAAGAGGCCACGGAGAGCCGACAGGCAGGAUCACAGGUCUCCUGGUGGGGGCGCUGGACACAGUGCUGGACUCCAAUGCCCGGGUCACGCCCUUCCGCAUCCUCCUCCAGGUUCCCGGCUCCCAGGUCAGCUGGGUCAUCGCCAGCGGAGCUGCCAUAGAGGAGGUGAACAAGCACUGGGACUGGCUGGUCCACAACCUGCUUCACUCUCUGUCCGUGUUUGAGAACAAAGAGGAUGUUGCGAGCUUUGUCAAAGGAAAAGUCAAGGGCCUGAUUGCAGAGGAGGUUCGGGGUCGCCAGGCUGCCCAGGAGGAGGACCCGGAAAAGUUCAGGGAGGUGCUGCUGAAGUUCGAGUUGCACUUUGGCCUCCCGUCGUCAGAGAAACUGGUCACGUACUACUCCUGCUGCUGCUGGAAGGGCCGGGUGCCUCGACAGGGCUUCCUCUACCUCAGCAUCAACCACAUGUCCUUCUACUCCUUCCUGCUGGGGAAGGAAGUCAAGUUUGUGAUUCCCUGGGCGGAGAUGACACGGUUGGAGCGGGUCUCCACCGGUCUGAUGACGGAGGCGAUCCGGGUCAGCACGCGGCAGCGGCAGAGGGAGUUCUCCAUGUUCCUGAACCUGGACGAGGCAUUCGGGGUCAUAGGUCAGCUGGCUGACAUUGCCCUCAGGCGACUGCUGGACAGCGAAGGCCUGGAGCUGGACCGAGUCCUGCAGCAGCCCACACGCAUCACCAAGAGGAUCCUAGAGGAACAGGCACUGAGGGAGUACGUCCUGGCUCUGUUUCGGCUCCCUCGUGGUGAGAAACUCCAUGAGGUGGCCUCUUGUUCGGUAUGGACACCGCACGCACGCUGCCACACAGCCGGGACUCUCUACACCACAGACAAUUAUCUGUGCUUCUCCAGCCGAGAGGAAGGCAGCUGCAUCCUGCUCAUACCCCUCUCAGAGGUGCUGUCCAUAGAAAAAGCAGAGAGCACCAGCCUGCUUCCCAACCCCGUCAUCGUGAGUGUUCGGACUAAGAAGGCCUUCCAGCUGAUCGAGCUGCAGGACAGGAACGAGCUGGUGGAGAGCCUGAACUCCAGGCUGCGAGCUCUGCAGUGGAAACGCUCCAUGUUCCGCAGCAGGACGGACAGCAAGAGGAGUGUUAGCUCCCCGACGCCCUACUACACCUUCUACUAUGACACUGGGUACUCUGACGAGGAGGAGAUAGAGGAGCAGGUGCUGCGUAACACUGUCAACUGCGAGGCUCUGAUGACGGCCUUCCACCAAAGCCAGGAAGCAGGAACCGACGGCAACAAGAGCACGGAGCAGGUGAAGGAGCGGCUGUGGGAGGAGCAUUUCUUGGAGUUCGGCCGCGGCGUCCACAUGUUCCGCACUGAGAAGAUCCAAAGACUCGUUGCCAUGGGGAUGCCGGAGUCACUGCGGGGCGAGCUGUGGAUGGCGCUUUCUGACGCGUCCUCGGAGCUGGAGUCUCAUCAGGGCUAUUACGCCGGCCUGGUGCAGAAGUCGAUGGGUCACAGCAGCCUGGCCACGGAGGAGAUCGAGCGGGACCUUCACCGCUCUCUGCCGGACCAUCCCGCCUUUCAAAACCCCACCGGCAUCGCCGCGCUGAGACGCGUCCUCACCGCCUACGCUCACCGCAACCCCAAGAUCGGAUACUGUCAGUCUAUGAACAUCCUGGCGUCGGUGCUGCUGCUCUACGCGAAAGAAGAAGAAGCUUUCUGGCUGCUGGUGGCGGUUUGUGAGAGGAUGCUGCCCGACUACUUCAACCGCAGGGUCAUAGGCGCUCAGGUGGACCAGUCAGUGUUUGAGGAGCUGAUCAGGGAGCGGUUGCCAGAACUGGCCGAGCAGGUUCCAGACCUCUCCACCCUCUCCUCCGUCUCCCUCUCUUGGUUCCUCACCCUCUUCCUCAGCGUCCUGCCCUUCCACAGCGCCGUCUGCGUGGUCGACUGUUUCUUCUUCCACGGUAUCAAAGCCAUCUUCCAGCUGGGUUUGGCGGCGCUGGAGGCCAACGCUGCAGAGCUCUCUGCCAGCACAGAUGAUGGACAGGCACUCAUGAUUCUCACAGGUUUUCUGGACCAGGUUGGGAGUGAAGAGUCGUCUUGUGUGCCAUCCUCUCCGCCUGCUGCGCUGGAGAGCAGCGAUACUGAUGCUCCCGCUGUGAGACACACCAACAUCACCGACCUCAUCAACGCAUCCUACGAGAAAUUCGGGGACCUGACAGUGAGGCAGAUAGAGAGGCUUCGCUGUCGACACAGAAUCCGAGUGCUGCAGGCUCAUGAAGACACGACCAAAGAGAACGCUCUGAGAGUGGUGAGUCCAGAUGUCUCCAUCUCUCCGGAGAACUUGGCCGACGUCUACGACCUCUUCAAGACGGAGCACUUCAUCAGCCUGUACUGGGGCGACAGCAGCUCUGCGGCGGCGGCGGAGGCGGCAGCGUGGCGUUACGGCGACUCCGGUUGCUCCUACGUGGAACGGCAGUACCGGCUGGACCGGCCCCAGUUCAAGAGCCUGUACGGGCUGCUGACGCCGUGGCCCGGCGGCUCCACCCAGCACGCCGACACACUGGCCAACCGCACCUUCACCCUGCUGGACCAGGACCACAACAACCUGGUCACCUUCAGGGAGUUUGCAUGCUGGCUGGACACUUUGUACUGUGAGGAGCUGAAUGAGAAAAUAAGGCUGCUGUACCGUCUGCACAUCCCACCAGCUCUGACAGAAAGUGAAGAUGACCCCUCUCUGAUGAAGAGCCCCCUGCUGUCCACAAACAGACCCCUCUACGUUAAUCUGCCCUCUGAUGUUCAGGAUGAUGUGAAAGACUACCAGGAGCAGCUGAAGCAGAUGCUGCAGGAUCUGGCCAAAGAGAAGGAGAAAGACGUGGAGAAGCCUCUGCCGCUCAUGAACCAGCGCGAGUUCAUCCAGUUCUGUAAAACGCUCUACAGCAUGUUCCACGGCGACCCAGAGGAGAACGACCUCUUCCAGGCCAUCGCUACGGUCACCAGCCUCGUGCUGCAGAUCGGCGAGGCCGGCCACCGUGCACACGGCUCGGGGUCAGAGGUCGCCAGCCAAGAGGAGGUGAGAGGAGUGGGCCCCGUGCAGGCGACCGCCGAAGAUGCCGGCAGAGGCGACGGCAGCUCGGCGGCGGAGAUGGAGUGGACGGUCAGCUACGCCCAGAUCCUGGCAUCCCUGCUGACCGAACAGCCGCUGGUGAACUUCUUCGAGAAGCCGGUGGAUCUGUCCGCAAAGAUCGCAGAGGCCAGGGAGAAGCAGUACCACCAGCGGGCGGGUUUGCUCACACUGCAGCAAGGGAGCAGCUGACUGAGCCUGAGCCACGACACAACGCCGAACGUCUCAUGAAGAAAACCUUGAUAUCAGUAUCAUUUGACACAAUGUGACAGAAGGCAGCUGCUUCAUCAGAAGAGCCUUAAAGUCAUCUGUGACAUUUCCACAUCAGAGCGUGAAUGGAGGCACCGCAGCCACGCUGGCACCAGUUGUUUCUUAUAACACAAGAGUGAGUGUCUCCCUGACCGACUCUGAGCUGACAACAGAGAGGAGCGUCUUUUUUCUUUUUCCAAAACAUUUUGAGCCAAAAACGCAGUUUACAAGCUUAAAAUCUCAGCACCAAGCGGCCAUAAUGGAGGACUCGCUGGUUAAGAUUCAGUCGUUCUGUGCUACAGGCCUGGAGAAAUACUGAUUAUUGCCUUCUUAUGUCACCAUGACGAUGCCUGCAGUUAAACUGUGACGUGGUCUCCACUUUUUCUCUUAAGGCACUUGACAAAGUAUUUAGAAGUUGUGACUAAUUACUUUAUUAAAGAAUAAUAAAUCACUUACUAUUUUUUUACAGAUCAGGCAUCAGCCAUUCAUUUGAUCAACCUUUGGGUUGCCAGGUUAUGAAACAUCUCCAGGGAGUCAGUCAUAGUCAAGUCAUUAAUAAAGGGUAACGUGUCGCAUUCACUAACAAGCCUUUAAGUCUGAUGUUAUGAAUGUAAGUUAUUAAUAAGUGUUACACACUUCUCACUUUCUAUUAAGCCACCUGCCAAAGUUAGUAAGUAAUCUGUCACUAUACAGUUUAAUUGUAAAUGUUAAUGAAUUGCUAAUAAAUGAAUUUUGAUCCAGAUUCUCACUUUUCCAGAAGGUCAGAGGUCAAACAGUCUGUUGCAGCAGGUCACUUGAUCAACCAAAGAGCUAAAAACCAUCAAGCGUCCUGCUGGAGGAUGAAUUAAAAGAGAGAUGAUCACAACCUGGCAACCCAAAAUUUCUUCCCAUUAAUGGCUCGUGGCUGAUCUUUAAAGCACUAGUAAUGAUCGAGCACUAAUAAAGCCAUCCAUUCUAACAUGCUGUUUGAACCCUCUCCAAAGGCUGCCUGAUCACCUUCAUGGUGCAGCGUCAAGAUCAAAUCUAGCAUGCAUUCAGUGUUCUUUUUUUAUUGAUUUUAUAUAACUUCUGUUUCUUUAAUAUUAAAUAUUUUCACCUGCACGCAGCUAAAAGUAAAUCUAUUUUUAAAACUUUUUCAAAUUGCUGGAAAAUAAUCUAAAGUGAUCUGAAACGGCUGCAGAAAGCAGAAGAAACACUGUUAGAAUUGUCCUUUCAAUAAAAGACAUUGC